GGCCGCCGGGGCGCGCACGUAGGCACGCAGAGGCCAUCACGUGGGGCGCUGAGGAUCGCAGUGCGCGUGGCCGUGGCGGCUGGUGUGGGGUUGAGUCAGUUGUGAGACCCAGAGCUGCUGACCCAGCGGGCGGCCCACCGAGCCGGCGACACAGUGGCAGGCGUCGAGGCUCGGGAGACGUGAGCGUGGCCCAGUCCUAGAGCUUCGCAGAGCCGGCGCCGCCGUCGCCCCCGCCUCCAGCCAGCAAACCGCCGCCGCGGGCGCGCCCCCGCUCAGCGCUGUCUCUCCGAUGGCGUCCGCAGCCGGGGCCAUGGCGAAGCACGAGCAGAUCCUGGUCCUCGACCCGCCCACAGACCUCAAAUUCAAAGGUAUAUGGAGCGCUGGGGGCGCGGAGAAGCCCACGGAGUGUCUGGUUGUGACUUACCCGGUUAUGCUGGCCGAGCCCCAAGCGCGUGCGGGCUGGAGAGCUAUGCGUCAGCCUCGGCAUGGAAGACAAUGUAUCUUUUCUUAUUUAGUAAUGCUACAGCCAUUUGACUAUGAUCCGAAUGAAAAGAGUAAACACAAGUUUAUGGUACAGACAAUUUUUGCUCCACCAAACACUUCAGAUAUGGAAGCUGUGUGGAAAGAGGCAAAACCUGAUGAAUUAAUGGACUCCAAAUUGAGAUGUGUAUUUGAAAUGCCCAAUGAAAAUGAUAAAUUGGGUAUAACUCCACCAGGGAUUGCUCCGACUGCCACUGCAAUGAGCAGCAUCAACAACACAAUUGCAACAUCUGCCAAUUAUCACACGAAGAAUGACCCCAGGGGACUCAGUGUGUUCAAACAGGAGAAGCAGAAGAAUGAUAUGGAACCUAGCAAAGCUGUUCCGCUGAAUGCAUCUAAACAAGAUGGACCCAUGCCAAAACCGCACAGUGUUUCACUCAAUGAUACUGAAACAAGGAAACUAAUGGAAGAGUGUAAAAGACUACAGGGAGAAAUGAUGAAGCUAUCAGAAGAAAAUCGACACCUGAGAGAUGAAGGUUUAAGGCUCAGAAAGGUAGCACAUUCGGAUAAACCUGGAUCAACCUCAGCUGCAUCCUUCAGAGAUAAUGUCACCAGCCCUCUUCCUUCACUUCUUGUUGUAAUUGCAGCCAUUUUCAUUGGAUUCUUUCUAGGGAAAUUCAUCUUGUAGAGUGAAGCAUGCAGAGUGCUAUUUCUUUUUUUUUUUCUCUUGACCAGAAAAAGAUUUGUUUACCUACCAUUUCAUUGGUAGUAUGGCCCGCGGUGACCAUUUUUUUGUGUGUACAGCGUCAUAUAGGCUUUGCCUUUAAUGAUCUCUCACGGUUAGAAAACACAAUAAAAACAAACUGUUCGGCUACUGGACAAAUUGUAUAUUACCAGAUCAUCACUAGCAGAUGUCAGUUGCACAUUCAGUCCUUUAUGAAAUUCAUAAAUAAAGAAUUGUUCUUUGUGGUUUUAAUAAGAGUUCAAGAAUUGUUCAGAGUCUUGUAAAUGUUAUUUUAAUAAUCCCUUUAAAUUUUAUCUGUUGCUGUUACCUCUUGAAAUAUGAUUUAUUUAGAUUGCUAAUCCCACUCAUUCAGGAAAUGCCAAGAGGUAUUCUGUGGGGAAAUGGUGCCUCUUACAGUGUAAAUUUUCUCCUUUACCUUUGCUAAUAUCAUGGCAGAAUUUUUCUUAUCCCUUGUGAGGCAGUUGUUGACUGAGUUUUUCAUCCUUACAAUCCUGUCCCAUGGUAUUUAACAUAAAAAAAAUAAAACUGUUAACAGAUUCUUGCUCG